AAAGGAUGUUAUGGCAAUUAUGUAUAGUUGUUAUUUGUGUAGUUCUUUUAAUAUCGAUAACAAAAUGGAAUCAGUACAAACAGUUAAACCGUCUCAAAGAGUGUAAUUUAACUGUUUCACCAAUACCUAAUCUUUUUUAUGUAUUUUGUAAAGUAAUGCUGAAUAGAACUAAUUCAGAUUACAUUCCUCAAGUUUGGAUUUUCCAGUAUAUGUAUGGCAAAAGUCGUCUAUACGAAAGAGAAAGACUGUACGUUGUUUAUGUAGCUGGAAACUUUAUUGUACAUCUGUACAAACCGGAAUACAUCGAAGUAAUUAUAAACAGCCACACAGUUCUAGAUAAAGGUUGGAUGUAUAAUGCAUUAAAAUCAUGGCUAGGAAAUGGGUUAAUUACCAGAUCCAGAGAGUUAUGGAAGCCAAGGCGAAAGUUAUUAACACCAGCAUUUCACUUUAAAAUUCUAGAAAAUUUUCAUACAGUUAUCAAUAAGCAUUGUUUUAUUUUAAUCGAUAAACUAGAGAAAAAAGUACAAGAUCCAUGGGUUAACAUCACUCGCAUGUUAUCCUUAUGCACUCUUGAUAUUAUAGCAGAAACUGCAAUGGGAGUAGAAAUAAAUGCUCAACGCGACGAAGAAUCUGAAUAUGUCAAGAAUGUUAACAGAAUUGAAGAAUUGAUAUUGUUGAGAAAUAUGCAUCCUUGGAUGUGGUCUGAUAUGCUCUUUAGUAUAUCCUCAUCAGGAAGAGAAUUUAAUCGUGUACUUAAUACAGUACAUAACUUUACUAGAAAGGUAAUAUCUAAAAGGAAACAUGAAAUGCAAGAAUAUUUAAAAGGUAAAAAAGUUUCUAUCGAUGAAAGUUCUGAAAAUGUAUAUACACAGAGUAAAAACAGAAAGCCAUUCCUCACCCUUCUUCUCCAUCAUCAUUUGAAUAAUGGAGACAUCACUGAAGAAGAUAUUAGAGAAGNGAAAUAA